AUGAGAAUCAGACGAUGGGUAGCGUCUAGUGGCUUCUCGACACACACUCUCUCUCUCUCUCUAUAUAUAUAUAUAUAUUUACGACUCUCUUUCCUGAUGUAGUUGACAACUGGAGAAAUCACACAAAAGGAAAAAAAAAGGUCUAAGCAGAAGAAAAAGGUCCAGCAAUGGCUACCGCUGAGAAACCAGUCAUGGUGGUUGGAAUUGACGAGAGUGAACACAGCUCUUAUGCUCUGCAGUGGACUUUAGACCGCUUCUUUGCCGCCUUUGCUCCCAACUUUCCGUUUAAGCUCAUUCUUGUCCACGCUAAGCCUACUCCAACCUCCGCUGUCGGUCUCGCUGGCCCUGGCGUGGCAGAGGUCUUGCCGUUUGUGGAUAGUGAUUUGAGGAGGAUCGCUGCGCGAGUCAUUGAGAAAGCUAAGGAAGUUUGUGCCAGUAAAGGGGUGAAUGACGUUUUGGUGGAGGUUAUGGAAGGAGAUGCCCGGAAUGUCCUUUGUGAGACUGUAGAGAAACAUCAUGCGUCUGUUUUGGUUGUGGGCAGCCAUGGCUAUGGAGCAAUAAAGAGGGCUGUUUUGGGCAGCGUCAGUGACUAUUGCGCUCACCAUGCUCACUGCUCUGUGAUGAUUGUGAAGAAGCCUAAAAUCAAGCAUUAAGAGCUUCACUAUGCAAAUGACCACUUUAAUCUCCAACUGAGUUAUGAAGUGAAACGACAAUAAAUUUGUAUAUCACAAUUUAAAACGUUCCUUUAAGUUUUCUUGUGUGUUUUUCUUAGGAAGCUUUGCUUAUUGCUUGUCAGUUCCAGAAAAUGGGCUUGUAUUUCGAAAGACCGAAGAUGCUUCUUGUAUAUAAAAUAAUCCAUCUUUGUUUAGAGAAAA